AUGGAGCUCCAGGAGCUCGACGGUUACACUGACCACAAUGGGAGGCUCUUGUUAGAGAUGACCCAGGAGCUUUCCCUUGAAAUCGCAAACCUCAGAGCAGACUGCGAGGGCACGUAUACGUGGUGCGCACGGGGCCUGAGCUCAUGCAUCGACUAUGCCCUUGUGUCACCAGGUCUUGGCAAGAGCCUCCGGAAUGUGCAUAUUGAUGAGGAAGGCCGGCACAGUUUGGGUAGUGACCAUAAUCGCCUCAGGCUGCAGUUUGAAGCAUCUCCUUGGCGUCAAAAGGUGAAGAAACACGAGCCUGCUACGCGGUUUCUCCCCGACGCGGCCUACGAGGAAGUGGCCAACGAAUUUGAACUAUGCCCCGGCCGCGAACAAGCAGAUACCUAUGAGCAGUACAUUGCCCAGCUCCUCCAGAUCAUGCGGAAACACGAGAAGAUUGUCAAGGCGCGUCGAGGGUUUAGCAGAAAGAGUUGGUGGGAUGGGGAGGUCCAAGCAGCAAUAAAAGCCCGCCGAACCGCCAACCGAUGUCACCGCCAGUGUGUAAAGAGGCCCCACAGCGAGGAUGUCCAGGCGACAUGGCAGGAAUAUCUGCGGCGAAAACGGGAGAUGCAGGCUAUCACACAACGGAAGAUAGCAGAAGCCAAUCACAAGACGCUCCACGCAAUCAAGUCUGCAGGCAGAGGAGCAGCGGCCAAAUUCUGGACAUAUGUCUCUCGGCUCGAUGGCAAAGCAACACAACCGGAAAUUCGCACAGAAUCAACGGGGGACAAGACCACAGAUCUCCACCGAGCCUUAACCGACCAUCUUCAUCAACUGUACGCGCAGCCACACCCCAGUACACAUACUGAACUCCCCUGCCCAGAUGUCUCAGAACCGACUGGCACAGGCCACCAGAAGUGGACAGUGGCAAGGAGCGCCAUUGACAGGGCUAUCUCCAAGAUAGGUGCCCGCACUGCUCGGGGCUUCGACGGCAUUCCUGCAGGGCUGGUGAAACGCCUCGGUGCUGGUGCACGGGCCCAGCUGGCCGAUUUCUUCAGCGAAAUCCUAGCUGGUGGCCCUAUACCAAGUGACUGGCUACGUGGCAAAGUAAUCCUGCUCCCGAAAAGGGGGGGAGACCCCGGCCUCCUACGAGACUACAGGCCACUCACAAUCACAAGUGUUGUGUACCGUGUGUUCGCACAAGUUCUCAAGGUCUAG